UUUCCUUCUGGACUCCCAGCUUCCAUUGUGUGAGAGAUAGUAAAUACUGACACUGGUGACAACCAUAACAUUUAUUUCUCAACGAAAAAACGUGUGUAUUCACUCCAGGUGAUAACUCGAAAUGGCUCGUACCAAGCAGACUGCCCGUAAAUCCACCGGAGGAAAGGCUCCGCGCAAACAGCUGGCUACCAAGGCUGCCCGCAAAAGCGCACCCUCUACAGGUGGAGUGAAGAAGCCCCAUCGCUACAGGCCCGGGACCGUGGCUCUGAGAGAGAUCCGUCGGUACCAGAAGUCCACUGAGCUGCUGAUCCGCAAGCUGCCUUUCCAGCGCCUGGUGAGGGAGAUCGCCCAGGACUUCAAGACCGACCUGCGCUUCCAGAGCGCUGCCAUCGGAGCCUUGCAGGAGGCCAGCGAGGCCUACCUGGUGGGCCUGUUCGAGGACACCAACCUGUGUGCCAUCCACGCCAAGCGUGUCACCAUCAUGCCCAAAGACAUCCAGCUGGCACGCCGCAUCCGCGGGGAGCGCGCCUAAGAAGAGACUCCUCCCCCCCCCACCCAUCUAUCUCUCCCCCACUCUCUCUCUUUAAUGUUUCACUUCCUCUAUUUUCGUAUUCGUUGCCUCUCACUAUCCCCCUCUCUUCCCGUUCAAACCCUACAACCCCCCCCCCCUCCAAAGUCCCCCUCUCCCCCCCCUCCCUCACCACCCCCCACCCCCCAUCUCCCUGCUAUCUUGGUAGACUUUAGAGUAACCGUGGUUACGGUGGGAUAGAAUUGUGUUGGAGCGUUGUCGCUCAGAGUUUUUGUCUUCGACAGAUGUUUUAGGGUAACCUUUUUUCGUGCAUGUAAUAGAUGUUGUUGCUGAUCGAUCGCACACACACACACACCUCACACACACACACACACGUACACACACAUAAAA